AUGGGUAAGGAUAAAGCUAAAGAAAAAUAAGUAAAAUAUUAGAUUUAUUCUAAUAGGUAUCAUCAAGCAAAGAAAAGAAGAAAGAUAAGAAGGAGAAGAAAGAAAAGAAGGAGAAAAAAGAUAAAAAAGAGAAAAAGGAAAAACACAUAAAAAAAGAAAAAAAAUAGAAGAAUGAUGCUAUAAAGAAGAAACCAAAAAAGAAUUAAUGGGGCAAAUAUGGUACUAUCAGGUUAUGUGUUUUUAAUAUUAAAGUAAUACAGAUAUGUAUUUAAAACGUGAAGAGUUUUUAAUGUGGUUAUCGGAUGUCAAAAUGUUAAAUGUUGAAGCAAUUACACCAUAAGAAGAAAAAAAAUACUUUGAAGAGUAUGUGGAAUGCUAUAAUACAGCAACUUUUCCAUCUUAAAAGUUUUAUAAUUUUAAAGCUUGGUUUGAAAAGGAGCAAUUAAAAGAAAAAAUAUAAUAGGCUGAAUUAGAAAUGCAAACUUUUGAUGAUGAAAAAGAAAAACAGUAUAAAAUUAUUUCUAUUAUAUUUAGAAAGGAAUAUUAAGAAUAAAAGGAGUUGAUAAAAAAAUAAAAAUUAUAAAGAGAAUAUUAACAUUUACAUGAAUUUCAAAAUAUUGUAAUUAAAUUAUUAUUUAUUAAGGCACAAGACAUGCAAAAAUAGAAGCAAAUUUAAGAUCUCGUUAGACAUUACAAUUCUAUGGGUAAUCAUGAGGUUGCCAUGAGAUACUACAAAUAAUUAAAUCCCAUUCAUACUAUUGAUGCUCCUCAAAUGUAAUAGUAGCCUCCUAUGGAGUAUGAUUAUGAAUACGAAAACUUCUGAU